CAAUCUCGAGCAGUUCAGCAAAUAACGAACAAUAACAAAAAAUUAUUCGACAUGUCUCGCAAUCUGAUGGUUCUCUUUCUCGUGGCGAUUAUCUGCGUCACUGUCAUGAGUAAUCCUUCUCUAAAGCAAUACAAGCCACUACCUCCUCCUCUUCCUCCAUCACCAAAACAUUGCGAACCGAAACCACUGCCUCCUCCUCCUUCACCUUCUCCUCCACCAAAACAUUGGAAACCGACACCAUCGCCUACGCCUCAUCCUCCUCCCCUUCCACCACCAAAACAUUGCAAACCGACACCACCACCGCCACCUCCUCCUUCUCCCCCUCCUCCUCCACCUCCAAAAUGCCCUAAGAACGAGAUCUAUAAGACAUGUGGAACUGCCUGUCAACCAUCUUGCCAGAAACCUAAGCCAAUAUGCAAUUUGUUAUGUGUCAAGGGUUGUUUCUGCAAAAAUGGCUUAUUGAGAAACAAAUGGGGUAAAUGCGUCAAACCUUACAACUGUUAAUCGUGAUGUCACAUGUGGAUAAAUAAUCAAUUAUUAUCAAUUGAUGUGUGUUAAUCAUUUAUUAUCAAUUGAUGUGUGUGGUAAUCAUUUAUUCUCAUGGAUGUGUGUUAUUAGUAUCGAGUGCCUUUUUAUAUCACUUAAAUAUGUGUAUAAUCGUGUGAAACUAAAUAAUAAUAAAAAUGAUACA